AUUUUAUUUUCUGCUUUUAUUCAAUGUUUCAUCUCGCAUACACAAAAUAAAACUGAAUGAUGAGGAAAGGUCAUUUUUUCCAGUUAGCACUUUCGGGUUUUUUGAGGGAGGAAUUCUUCGUCUAAAUAUACAAAAUUUGUCCUUCUCCUUAAAUCCCAACAUAAAAAGCACCAAGAACACAGACACAACUCCCACACACAACAAGACUCAAUUUAUGCUCUCACUUAUAAAAUCAGAAGGAAUUCGCUCCCAACAAAUGGCAGUAUUUAUUUACAGGAUUACUCAACAGGAACAAUUUUGCACCGAAUCCCAGAUCUCGGAAACCCCCGGAAUUUUAAUCCUGAAUUUUGAUUUUGACAAACUGAGGUAUCAUAGAAUGUAGAAUAUGCAGUGUGGAUAUAAUCAAUCGUAAUAUAAACAUAUUUGUGGUGGACGGGCAGACUAAUGCCUCCUGCGAUUGGUUUGGCCAGCAAUGUCAGUCGGCGGAGAACGUGUUGAUCUCCCGACAGGACUAUUUUUACAGCGUGGACGUAUGAGUAGUGUAAUAAUGUCAGAUGGUGUUCUACAUGGGCAGGAUGAGUGAGGGGGAGUACACUCUCUACUACCAUAAUUGCAGAGAUGCCUUUACAGUGUCACUUUUGGCUGAUUUGACCGAAAUAAACGGAAAUAGUUAUUUAUCGGCAGGCGAAACUCCACUGCCUUUGAUUUAUGUCUUAUUUUCACUGCUUUAUUUGAUUGCUGCCGUUUCCUGGUGUUCCAUUCUGGUGAGUUGUCCGCGGGGGAUGGGUCCUCACUACAUGAUGUUGAUGGUGGUGGUUUUGAAGGCUGUUUCUUUACUCUUUCUCGAUGGAGCCUUCAUGGUGGCCACAAUUGCUCUCAUUGGGGCAGGUUGGAUCUUCAUCAAACACAUUCUCUCUCCUUGUGAUAAACGCCUUUUCUUUCUGCUGAUUCCUCUGCAGGUUUAGUUGGUUUGAGUGUAGAUAUUGGCGAAUGUGGCCUAUGUCGUUAUUGAGGAGAACGAGCAAUUCAAUCGAGCCUUCAAAGCCUGGAGACUGGUCUUUCUCAUUGUAGACUUGAUGUGUUGUGCAAUACUUCUGUUUCCCUUUAUUCAGUAAGUCUUAUUCUUUAUCAAGUUCUAUCCAACUGCUCAAAUCUCACCCCAAAUGUGAUCACAAGGCUAAGGUCAACUUGCGGAAGCUUAAACUAUUUCGUCGG